AUGGCAGUCAAACGACGGGCGCAUGUUCGGACGCUGGUCUGGAAGAACUUCCUCCUCAUGCGCAAGCACCCGUGGAAGCUCGCCUUCGAGAUCCUCUUCCCCGUCCUCCUCCUCUACCUCAUCGGCUCCCUGAAGGACCAGGCCGCCAACAUCGACGUCCCAGCCGGCUGGUCCGACGACAUGGACGCAGUCUUCUCCCCGCGCCCCAUCACUGCGCCGACGUUCCCGCUCUUCGACCGCGUCGAGAACCCUCGGGACGCCAAGUUCUAUGUGACGGAAGCGACCUUCUCAGGCCUCCUCCGGCGCAUGGCCUCGCGCUCGUAUACAGAAGGCCGCAAGAUGCACGAGCUCUCGCGGGACGACGCGUAUGCAUGCUACACAAAGCUCGUGCGGCAUGGCGACGUGAGCCUCGACGCGUCGUCGGCGCAUGCAGUCCCCGUCGAGUGUCGGGGCAAGGUCUCCCCGUACAAGAUCGCGCUCGUGCCCGACACCGCCUUUACGCGCGCGUACUUUGCGCCGGCCAUCGCAGCCUGGUACCCGCGCGUCCCGCUGUCCAGCAAUAGCUCGGAGAAGGCGUCGCUUCCAAGCUGGCGUGAUUCGAUCGCCUUCUUCUCCAACGAGACGGCGCUUGAGGCCUACGUAAGCGGUCCGUCGUAUGGACUUGAUGCGUCCUUCCCCAAGGUGUAUGCUGCGAUCGUGUUCAAGGACCCGCCGGCGACACAGGCAAUUGGCACGGCGACGUCUCUCUCGUACUCGAUUCGGCUCAGCGCAUCGCUGACGAGCGGGCCGAAAACCAGCACGCUGGUCGUCGAUCCCCAUCAGAAAGCCAUGAUCCCAGCAACCUACAAGAGCUACACGAAGAGCGGCUUCCUCGCGCUGCAGACGCUCGUCACUCGCUUCUUGACGUGUCUCCCGUCAUGGGAUCGCCGUGGACCCGGCGGCUGCACGAACGCCGCCAGCGUCGCCGCACCAAACGCUACGCUCGACGCGCGCUUCCUUGUGCAGGUGCAGCACGAUGCCGACCUUCUCGACGCGGUUAGUAGCGACCUUCUUUCGUCGCUACCGCCAAUCACACAAGCGCUGCUGCUUCGCCCGCUUCGGCAAGCGCCGCAGCCGUACUUUGGUAGCGCCGUCUUUGCGUUUCCGAUCGCAGCAUACACGGCGUCGCCAUUCUACACGCUCAUCGCGCCGUUUAUGCCGUUUGCGUUCGCCGCCUCGUACGUCAACAUCGUCUCGGGGCUCAUCGUCGCCCUCGUCUCGGAGAAGGAGCUCAAGGCGCGCGAGCUCAUGAAGAUCCUCGGCGUGCGCGAUGUGUCGAUCUUUGCCGGCUGGUUCGUCACGUACGGUCUACUCUUCUUCGUGCUUGCGGCGCUCCAAACGAUCCCAAGCAGCCUCCACGUCUUCUCACACGCGUCGCCCGGAUUGAUCUUUGCCUUCUUCUUCCUAUCGGGCCUCGCCGUGGUCGCCUUCGGCUCUUUGCUCAGCGCCUUCUUUUCAAAAGCCAAGACCGGCGCGUACGUUGGUGUCCUCGCCUUCUUCAUGCUCUUUCUCAUUGCCGACGCACUCGCGAACGCAAGUGAAAAUGCCAAGACAGCUGCAUGCGUGGCAGCACCCGCUGCCAUGUCGCUCGGCCUUUCAAUUCUCGUGCAGGCAGAGGCCACGUCCAAUGGCAUCACGUGGUCGACCAUGGACCAUGCGUUUGGCGGCAUCUCGUUUCAGACGGUGUUGGUCUUCCUUGCACUCGAUACGGUGUUGUACACGUUACUGGGUAUGUACGUGGAGAAGGUGCUCCCAAAAGAGUACGGUGUGCCCGAGCACUGGACGUUUCCGCUGCAGUGGUGCUUUGCAAAACGCGAUCUGCGAUCGUCCGAAGCAGAGAGGCUUCUCGCCGAUGCGUCGCCCAUUUCCGACGUGGUUGAGGACGUCUCGUUGGAUCUCCAGCAGCAAGCCGACGACGGCGAUGCACUCGAGAUUCGCCAGCUGCGCAAGUCCUUCUUUCCAGCGUCCGAUGGCGAUACCACCGAGAAGGUGGCGGUCGCAGGCAUGAACCUCACACUGUACAAGAACCAGAUCACGUGUCUGCUCGGGCACAAUGGCGCGGGGAAGACAACGCUCGUAUCGAUGCUCACGGGCAUGCUGCCGCCGACAUCCGGCGACGCAACGAUGCUGCGCGGCCUCUCGCUUCGCCGCGACAUGCAAGCAAUCCGAAAUUCGAUCGGCAUGUGCCCGCAGCACGAUGUGCUCUACGACGACCUCACGGUGCUCGAGCAUAUGACUUUCUACGCUGCCAUCAAGGGCUGCGCUCCCGAGGACGUGAACGCGAAACUUGUGGCUGUUGGCCUCGACGAGAGACGACACACGAGUGCAAAGGCGCUCUCGGGCGGCAUGAAGCGCAAACUGUCGCUCGCGAUUGCAUUUCUCGGCGACAGCAAAAUCGUCUUUUUGGACGAGCCCACGUCGGGUAUGGAUCCGUACAGCCGUCGCCUCAGCUGGGAUAUUAUGCUGAGUCAUCGUCUUCACCGCAUCAUCGUCUUGACGACGCACUCGAUGGACGAAGCAGACAUUCUCGGCGACCGCAUCGCCAUCAUGGCCAACGGCGAGCUCCAAUGCGUCGGGUCGUCGCUCUUUCUCAAAACCAAGUACGGUGCUGGCUACACGCUGUCGCUCGUGACGACCAACAUCGACGCCGUCGUUGCUGCCGUCAGUCGCCACGUCGCCCAUGCAAAGGUUCUCGCCAGUGUUGGCGCCGAAGUAUCGAUUCAGCUGCCGCUCGAGAGUUCUGCGUCGUUUCCGUCCUUGUUUGCACUGCUGGACACAGAUGCGUCCUCUCUGGGUCUCUCGUCGUAUGGCAUCUCGGUCACGACGCUCGAAGAAGUGUUCUUAAAGGUCUCUGAGACCACGCAUGUGGAUGUCGGACCCAAGCCUCGUCUCGCUACUGCCUCGUACGAAGCACCGCCUGUCGCCGCGUCGUUGUUCCGUUCGCACUUUGCCGCACUGUGGCGCAAGCGCUACUUGGUCGCCAAGCGGGACCGAAAAGCCGUGCUCUUCGCUGUGGUGUGGCCGGUGCUCUACAUUGCGAUCGGCAUUGCGCUGCUCCAGUCCAACGCGCUCGUUCAGAACGAUCCGUCGCUUUCGCUCACGUCGUCGCUGCGCGCAGAUACAUCGGCGCCAUUCUCGUGUACGGGCGACGACAAUGAGAUGUGCAAGCGCGUUCUGAGUGCGCAGACGUUCUUCUCGGGCGCGCUGCCGUCUUAUUUGGCGUCGGUCGUUGCUCCCGUGUACCCCAAUCCACACCUGAGUGUCUUUGGCGUGGCGUACGACAACAUUAGCGUCGACGAUACCUCUGGCUUUUGCCUCCGAACCGCCGAGAUCGCGCUCAAGACGUCGCUGCAGGCGGUGCAGUUUGGCGGGUACGUGGCCUACGGCGACGCGUCGCGGCACAUUUGGCUACAACAUGCUUAUCAAGCACUCGUCCGAUACUUUGCUGGCAAUGCGACACUGAACGUCUCGGUGGCCAACCACCCGCUUCCGCUCACGGCGGAAAGCAAGACCGCGUUCACGACCGCGCUCUCGUUCUCGGCGACAACGUUCUUUGUCGUCGCGAUCGCGUAUUUUUCGGCGUCGAUCGUGCCACACCUUGUGUCGGAGAAGCACGCGAGUCGCAACGCCAAGCACCAGCAGCUCCUCGCCGGUGCGAGCGUCCCUGCGUUCUGGCUCUCGAAUCUCGCGUGGGACCUCCUCCUGUACUUCUUUCCGUGCGCGUUUGCGCUCUACGCGAUCUGGUCCAGCGACCUCUCGCCGUUCACGGGUCUCGACUGCCCGACGUGCGCCACGUCGGCGUUUCCAGCUGUCGUUUGCCUCUUUGUGUUUGUCGGCGCCGCGUGCAUUGGUUUCAGCUAUUGCCUCUCGUUCUUUUGCCACGACCCUGCGAACGCGCAGUCGUAUAUCAUUUCGUGCAAUAUUUACCUCGGCAUCUACCUCUCGCUCGCCUCGCUCGUAUUGAGUAGCCUUGCCACGACGCACGAGCUCAACGCGUGUCUUUUGGGUGUAGGAACUUGUAUAUGUCUCUCGCCACUCUUCUGCCUCAGCCACGGCCUCAACAGCUUGAGCUUGUCCGUCCUGCGUCCAAGUCAUCAGAGUGCGUUCGACUGGGACGUGGCCGGUGCCGACGUCGUGUACUUGGCUAUCGAGGCCGUGUUGUACCCGCUGCUGGCCAUCGGUAUUGACUAUCUCCUCUGUUUUCCGUCCAUCGCGCGCCGCUUGUUUCGCGACCCCGUCGUCGAGGCCGAGACGCCGUUUCCAGUGGACCACGACGUCGAAGUCGAAGCCGCGCGAGUUCAGGCGGGCCCGGAGCACGAUGUGGUCUCCAUGUCGAGCCUCCGCAAAGUGUACAAGGAUGGAAAGGUCGGGCUCGCGACUCUCUCACUCGGACUGCCGCGAGGCGAGUGCUUUGGCUUUCUCGGGACCAACGGAGCGGGCAAGUCGACGACCAUGAAGAUAUUGACGGGCGAAAUCGGGGCAUCUAGUGGCAGCGCGCAGCUGCAAGGCCUCGACAUUGUCUCGCAACAGCUUGCGAUCCGACGCUACAUCGGCUACUGCCCCCAAUUUGAUGCGCUCCUCGAUCUCCUCACGGUCCGGGAGCACCUGGAACUCUUUGCGACGCUCAAAGGCGUGUCCAGCACGCACACGCGCCACGCCGUCGAUGCCAAGAUCGAGCAGCUGGGGCUAACGCCGUUUGAGCACUGCCUCGCCAAGACGCUCAGCGGCGGCACGAAGCGCAAACUCUCGGUUGCGAUCGCGCUCAUUGGGGCGCCGCCGGUGCUUUUUCUGGACGAGCCGUCCACGGGCAUGGACCCUGGCACGCGGCGCUUCCUAUGGGAGCUCAUUUCGGACGUCUCGACGCGCUCCAAGACAGCGACAGUGUUUCUGACGACGCACUCGAUGGAAGAGUGCGAGGCGCUGUGCACGCGCGUGGGCAUUAUGGUUGACGGCCGCCUGCGGUGCCUCGGCAGCAUCCAGCACCUCAAGUCACGCUUUGGCGACGGCUUGCUUUUGCACCUCAAGCUCACGCCCGUGACGGCGCGCGACGUCGACGCUAUGCUGGCGACACAUCCCGCGUUCCCAGCGCAGUCGCUCUCGCGCAGCGAGCUCUUGCAGCUCUGUAUGGUGCUGGGUCGACCCGAUCGGAUGCACGGCAUUUCGCCGGACCACGCGACAGGCUACGCACUCGCCGAUACGCUCGAGCGCGGGCUGCGCGUCCGCCCGUCCGAAGUUGGCGCCUGGUGGCUGCGCGAGGACCGAUUUGAGGCUUGCUACGCGCGGCUGUCGACAGCGUUGGGAGCUGUGAACGUGUCGCUCGUGGAGCGGCACUUGGACGUUUGCCGUGUCAAGGUACAGGCGACCGACCUCGGCCACGUCUUCAGACUCGUCGAAAGCAUGAAGGACGUCGUUCAAGAGUACACUGUGUCGCAGACAACGCUCGAGCAGAUCUUCAACGCGUUUGCGAGCCGCGGGAGCCAUGUAGUGCAAUAA